AUGGUCGCCCGGCCCGUCGGCGAAAACUCCGGCGAAAGAGUUUCCUGCCUGUCUUGGAUUGCCAUUUCGAGCAAGUGGUCCAGAUCACACUUUGGCGGCGCGCGAGUCUUCUGGAUGCAUGAAUUACGGCCACGCACUGCAUCAUACAUACUUCUGAGCCAAGGGCGACCCCUGCCCAGCUCACUACCUAAGCGUACUACCGAGGCAGGUACUCCAGCUACAAGUGGUCUGAUCGAUCCAUGGAUGCGACUUGAGGCCCUAGCCAGCGAGCAACAUCCCGACCACCUAGUCAUGGGUGCAGGAUUUUCAGAAGAUGCAUUAUUCUGUACGGGCAAGCAGAGCUGGUCCAACAACGGCGGCCCCCUGGUCGGAACUACCUCCGAGGGGCGAUCUUCACAAGCAGAGACACAUGCCUGCUACCCCAGCCAGCUAUGCGACAUGGUCGAGGGCACUAUUUGCAUAGCGUCGCACGUAGCUCACAUUGUCGUUGUCACGACCCUAGAGGUCGGCCAGGUCAUGCUCGCUGAAUAUUGCAUUCUCACGUUCUGA